UUACACGGACGGCAUCGUUUCUCAACGCCGAUUCCGUCGAUUGGUUGAAAUACAACAAACAGGUCAGGUCAGAUUCUUUAGCUGGCCGACCAUGAUGGCAUUUGCACAGGAGUUCUUGGAUAUCCCCUAUAAACCCGCCCUUUCAGGGAAGAGGGGACAUGACAUACAAAUACAACAUAGACAGACUGUUUGGGAAUGGUACCUACGCAAAAUACAUACAACACGAACCUGUAUGACACCGCGUGAAACACCACUCAAAGAAAGCAUUUUUAGUCAAUAGACUUAUCGAGUAUUACACACAUCACUA